AUGAGCAGCGAAGUCAAGGCGUCGGUCCUCCAUGGGCCGAAGGAUCUCAGAGUCGAAACCCGGGAGCUGCCCGCGCCGGGACCCGGCGAGGUCCAAGUAGCCGUGAAGGCGACGGGGCUGUGCGGGUCGGACCUGCACUACUACACGCACUUCCGGAACGGGUCGAUCGAGGUGCGGGAGCCGCUGACGCUGGGGCACGAGGCGGCGGGGGUGGUGGUGGCGGUGGGCGCGCGCGACCCGUCCGGCGGCGGCGCCGCGCUCGCGGUCGGCGACCGCGUCGCGCUCGAGGUCGGCGUGCCGUGCGAGGCGUGCGAGACGUGCCGGCGCGGGCGCUACAACCUGUGCGGCGCGAUGCGCUUCCGCAGCUCGGCCAAGGCGUUCCCGCACGCGCAGGGCACGCUGCAGGCGCGCGUCAACCACCCGGCGCGCUGGUGCCACCGCCUGCCGGCCGCGCUGUCGCUCGAGCACGGCGCGCUGGUCGAGCCGCUCGCCGUCGCGCUGCACGCCCGCGCCCGCGCCGCCCUGCGCCCCGGCGCCGCCGUGCUCGUCCUCGGCGCCGGCGCCGUCGGCCUGCUCUGCGCCGCCGCCUGCAGGGCCGCCGGCGCCCGCCGCGUCGUCGUCGCCGACAUCCUCGAGCUGCGCGUCCGCUUCGCCCUCGACCACGGCUUCGCCGACGCCGCCCUCGUCGUCCCCCGCCCUAACCCCGCCGGCGACAAGCUCGCCUACGCCCAGGACCUCGCCGAGACGCUCAAGGCCCUGCUCGCUGCCCCUGACGACGCCUCCCUCGGCGAGGCCGCGGUCACCUUUGAGUGCACCGGCGUCGAGUCGUGCAUGCAGACCGCCAUAUACGCGACGGCACCAGGCGGCAAGGUGAUGAUCAUCGGGAUGGGCACGCCGGUGCAGACGCUGCCCAUCAUGGCGGCGUCGCUCAAGGAGGUGGACCUGGUGGGCGUGUUCCGGUACGCGAACACGUACCGCGAGGCGAUCGAGCUGCUCUCGAGCGGCAGCCGCCAGCUGCCCGACGUGCUCAAGCUCGUCACGCACCGGCUCCGCGGGCUCGACGCCGUCCCCCGCGCGUUCGAGACCGCCGCCCGCGUCCAGGACGACCAGGGCAACCUCGUCAUCAAGGUCGUGGUCGACCUGUCCGAGUAG